CGGCGGCGCGCGAAGCUCUGCGGGGCGGGCAGCGCUUCCGGCGGUGCUGCACCGGGAGCGGGACUGGGACAUGCGGGUGCGCGUGCGGAGCUGGCACGGAGUCGCGUCCUGGUUGUGGGUGGCGAACGACGAGAACUGCGGCAUCUGCCGGAUGGCCUUCAACGGCUGCUGCCCCGACUGUAAGGUUCCCGGCGACGACUGCCCGUUGGUGUGGGGGCAGUGUUCGCACUGCUUCCACAUGCACUGCAUCCUCAAGUGGCUGAACUCGCAGCAGGUGCAGCAGCAUUGUCCCAUGUGCCGCCAGGAGUGGAAGUUCCGGGAGUGAGGGCGGCACCGGGCACGGGCCGCGGCCCACCCCCGGCCCGCUCAAUAAAUAUGCGGACGGCAGUCGCGUGUCUGUGUCCGGUGUUCCGCGCUCGGGGUCGGUGCACGGAGCAGGG